GUUAAUAACAAAGCGUGUAGAAUUACAUUUAGUACAUAGACAAAAGGAUACUAAUCCUUCUUAAACCGAUCGAAUAGUAUGGAUGGAUUCAAGCCUAGAGGGACGUUUUCCGAAUCUAAACCAGACCAAAAGCAAACAUGUUUUGUCUUAUUAUCAUGACUGUAUGCUGAGAGUUUUUGACAAUCAUGCCUCGAGGAAGUCUGACUAUUUGGGUAACGUGCUUCUUUCGACGGCUAAGAGCGGAGAUUCAUCAAGGUUAUGCAAAUCAUUAGAAAAAGUUGACUUGAAUAAGGUUGAUUUUAACAUAAGGGAAAGAAAUACAGAGAACACACCAUUAAUAGUAGCUGCUGAGAAUGGUCAUGUUCAGAUCAUAUCAUUGUUGUUAUCAUGUGGUUCAGAUGUCACACUGAAAAAUGCUGCUGGUCAGACAGUUCUUGAGGUUGCUCCUGAGAAAAUUACAGAAUUGAUUCUAGAUUCUGUGAACAGACCAGGUGCUGGACAACCUCUUCUAUGUCAAGCAGCUUGGCAAGGAAAUGCAACAGUUGUGAAAAAAAUAUUGUGCCUAAACCCAAACUUGAAUGUGAACAACAAGAAUUCUGAAGGUUUUACUCCAUUAUUGCUGGUCACGAGAGACCUUGAUUUCUUUGACGGAAUUAAACUUAAAGUCUUCACUGAAAAUUAUAAUCCAGCUGAAGUUGUUUCUCUGUUGUUGCAUCAAAAUGCCGAUUGUUCGGCGUUAGACAAUGAGGGACGGAGUCCCCUACAUUUGGCAGCGAGAAAUCAUGGGAGAAAUGCGAGAAAUAUUAUAAGUCUACUUGCGAAAAAAGACUCCCUUGAUGUUGAUCAACGUGACACACAAAAGUACUCGGCAUUGCAUUGCGCCUCCGAAACAGGGGACCCAAACGUGAUGAUGGCUUUAAUUGACAACGGGGCGGAUGUGAAUGCACGAGCUGACCUUGGGCGAACUCCGCUACAUAUGACUGCAUCUCGCGGCGAUGAGAAAACCUCCGAAUUAUUGGUUGAACACGGAGCCAACGUUUUGCUGGUUGAUGACCUUGGGUUUACUCCCAUCGAUGUUGCAAACGGAAACGGCGUCCAAUUAUUAUUGAAAGAAGCAUGGUCGGAACAUUCACAAAAUUCUUUAAACCUGCUGAGAGUGAAGUCAGCGCCGGUUGGAGUGCCCACAAAGUUGGAUCAUAUUGAUGCACCAGACAUAAUUAUUAACGAAGAUGAUCCUCAGGAAGGUAUUAAAAGUAUUGGGAAUAAAGAAGGCCUAAGAAAAUUGAGUAAUAGAAAAUUGUCGAGUCCUCUCCCUUCGAAAGAGCAUAUUCGCGAACGAUCACUAAAUUAUGGAGCAACGGGAAGAGCUCGUUCCCAUUCCUCUGGGCCUUCUUCGCAUUCCCGGCUAGAUGCAAUGAAUCACGACGUCCACCGAUUAUCGUUCGACGGAGGAAGUGCAUCUCCUUUACACAAAAUAACAAAAGACAGCACCACAAAACGAUCAUGCAAAAGUCCACAACCAGAUGCCAUUCCCCGCGCAACUGCCAAAGUUGCCGUACUGAAUAUUGACCUCAAGGGACACGAUCUUCAAAAACAGAAGAGUAAGAGUUGCAGUGAGUUGCCAUUCCCAAGAUAUCGUCUUCGAAAAUCGGCAAACCCGCAAAACCUGCAAAACCCCCAAAACCUGCAAAACCCCCAAAACCCCCAGGCAUUAUCUGCGGAGGUAAAACCGCUGAAUAACCCUCUUAGCCUACGUGGGCGAUCAGUCAUGUCCUCGUUUGAAACUUUGCCUGAUAUUAUGUCCGAAAAAUCGGUGGAUGAAGCAAGCCCAGAUAAAUGUGAAACAGCCACUUCUUCAGAACCUGAAUUAGUUAAAACCCCACCACCAGUCUUCAAUCCAACCUCCGAUGAACUUGCCCCAUGGCCAGGCUCUCCAGAUAAUGAUUUCCUGAACAAAACCUUCAAUUCGAAAGAGAAGCCGGUAUUCUGGUUUCCUGUGGUGCAAAACGAUACAAAAUCCACUUUGAAGGUUCAGGAUUCCGACCUGACUUUCUUCGUAGACCUGAAAGAUAUUGAAACUCCAUUGCGAAAGUGUACAAAAUGCCGAGAGGAAUUUACAUCCGAGGAUUUCAGACCCGGUACCUCGGUAUGCAAUAUGUGCCAUAGAAAGUCAAUUGCAAAAGAUACUUUUUGGGUGCCUUUAGAUUCCGCUGGACCCAGUAGUACCAAAACUGAAAUGCAUGACCUUGAUGACGGCAAUAUUCUAACUGGAACGCGAUCUUCUAGUCUAGACAAUCGUACGGUUUCGAUCGACAGAGAGACAUUGAGUGUUUUAAGCAAUAAGGAGUUGUCUGAAGAAGAGUUGAAGAAAUCGCCAAAAGCCAAACAAAAUAUAAAAGAUACAAUGUCAGAUUCGUCGAAGACUCAGAAAAGACUCGAAGUGGACACUAAUGCGACAACACAGCAGGAAACAGCGGAAAACUCGGCGAAUGUGAUACGAGAACAAUGCGACGACUUCGCGAGUGAUGAUCGCGUAGGUCUCGGAGUCGCGAGUACAAAACGAGAAGAAUCCACAGAUUGUUCGGGAAAACGCGAACAGCCCGUGUGUGGUGGUGAAGAUCGAAGAAAAAGCGCAAUAUUUCUACGAAAUAACCUGCAAAGCGAGGAAACAGAACCAAACGUUGACGGGAACGAAACUUUGAUAGAAUCUCAAAAGUCUAUGAAAGGAGAUAUAUCAAACGAGAGAUCUCCUGAUGACAUGCCAGAAAAGAAACUCCAUGCAAGUACUGCUAUGUUUGAGUUAUGUAAGCAGACGUUAGAAUGUUUUUCUGCAGAUUUGACUUGCUUAGAGAGCAAUAAUGUAUCAUCAGAUGCAAUCAAUCAUUUGUAUAACCGGUCAAGUGUUGGUAAAUGUCCGUUAGUUGAUCAAUCAACUGGCGAAGAAGGUCAAUCAGGAGGAAGAGGUGUGGUGAUUUCGCCUGAAGUUGACCGUGUUCAAAAGUUGAUAUCUAAUGACAUACAGCAAAAUUCUGGCACGUUUGGGGAAUUUGUUGAUGCCGAUGUUACCCCACAUCAAGUAGUUAUCGUGAAUCCCUUCCCGUCCCCUGUACCCCCUAAAGUCCCCAUGGUGAAUGUCUCUUCGAAUUGCAAGUGCGAUCGGUAUGCCUCGCUCUCCAGGACGUCUGCUUCUGGUGGGAAGAAAAAAGGCCGGGGCAAGAGGUCUGGGUCGAACGGUCAGAAGACUGGGACGAAUAGCCAAAAUUCUGAGUCGAACAUUCAGAAGACCGGAAACAAGUUUAAAAAAGCAGGUCAAAAGGAUACAGAAAAAAGCAGCGAAAAAGGAAAGCAAGGCAAGAGAGUCAUUUCCGCUAAGAAAAAUGCGAAAAAGAAACUUCUGCAAACUCCUGUGAAAGAAAUUCCGGUUAUUCAGACGGCAUUAAUAGCCGCCGACACAGAUGAAAAAAAGGAAUUAUUGCCACAAAAUACUGACAAGAGCCUCCACUUGGCCGAAACUAAUAUUCCACUCGCACCAGUCCGUCAAACAACUUUUAUCAAAGCAAAGCUUCCCGUUUUGAGUCCAACACCGGAGGCUUCACGAUCAGGCAGUUCCGUGCAAGGAUCGAGCAACGAAGGCUUUCCGUCAUUACCGUCGAACGCCGAGCAAGGAAGCAGUAUUCCAUUAGUGGAAAAACUGGACAGGAUUUCCAUAGGUCAUGUAGAGGAUGAGGUAGAUAGGCCGUGGAAGCCCGGAAACGAGGCGAACUUGGUGGAGCCAAUGGCGUCUCACACGCCUUCUGUCGAUGUUUCACAAUCGCAAAAAUCAGAAAAUAAAUUAGAAACUGCAGACAGUCUUGAGGAUUUGAUACAGAUAAUUUUAAGCGAGACGGACGAACUGGAGAAAAAUCACGCAAGACUUGACGUUGCACGAAAAACGAGCAGUGAUGAACACGCGGAGUUGGGCACGGAAACAAAUGCCAGCGAUAACGUGCAGACUGGAGCGACAGAAAGGGUCUUCCAUUCCAAGAAUGACAUUGACGAAUCUAAGAAAAACUUUGUUGAGGCUUGGAUAUACGGACAUUGCAAGUCAAAUCCCCACUAUCCUUCGGGUCAUCCUGAUCAUGGUGAUUCUUCCUCGGGUUUAGUUCGUGCUACGCCGUCGGAUGCGAACCCAAGAAAUGCAUCAUACGAAUCAAGUGGUUCUACGCCCCUUCCUCCAACAACAACAGAUUUCUCUUCUGAAAUUUCACGCUCUGUUGACGACAGCAUAGAAUCCACUUCGGGGAGUGAUGGCGAUAUGGGAAAAAGCAAAGUUGAAGCGGGGUCCGAGAAAAUAUCCCAGAAACCGGUGGAUUCCGAUGUUACUGACGUCACUUUCGACCCUGCCGAUGAUAUUACUGGAGCGAAGGAAGACCGAAGGAUUUCCAAUGCCACCACAUCGACGUUUUCCGAGGGAAGUUCCAUGACUAUUUCCCUGCCGCCCGGUAGUACAGCAAGCGGUGUUGGUUCUCAGAGUUUCGGUGACGAAUCACCGCAUAUUAUUAUUAGUAGGCUAACUCCACGUAAGCCGGAAACGCCCGGCACAGGCUCGGAAACGAUAAGUUCGGAAGAAGAGGAAAUUGUGUGGCGAAAAGGAAACAUGCUCGGAAGGGGAGCUUUUGGCAAGGUUUUUUGUGGUUUAACCAACACUGGUCAGAUAAUCGCGGUAAAACAAGUUGAACUCAUCACAAGCGACAUGACUGAAGCAGAGCGGCAAUAUGCAAAAUUACAAGAAGAAGUGGCACUUUUGAAAUCUUUACGACACGAAAAUAUUGUGAGUUAUCUUGGCACAUGUCUUGAUGGUGGUGUGGUUAACAUCUUUAUGCAGUUUGUACCAGGUGGUUCAAUCGCCUCAAUACUGGCCAGAUUUGGUCCACUUGAAGAACGAGUGUUCAGAUUCUACACGAAACAAAUCUUGGUCGGUGUGGAGUAUCUGCAUAGCAAUAACGUUGUCCACCGCGACAUCAAAGGUGGGAACAUUAUGUUGAUGCCUACAGGAGUCAUUAAGCUGAUUGAUUUUGGUUGUGCAAAACGACUUUACAUUAAUACGAGUCAGAGUCAGGGAGAUUUACUACGUUCCAUGAAAGGAACGCCAUAUUGGAUGGCGCCUGAAGUCAUCAAGGAGAUUGGAUACGGUAGAAAAUCUGAUAUAUGGAGUAUCGGCUGUACCGUAUUUGAAAUGGCCACUGGUAAACCUCCCUGGUCUCACUUACCCCCGAUAUCCGCGAUCUUGGCAAUUGGUCAAGGAUCAGAGCCACCCCAGCUUGAAAUGUUAAAAUCAGCUUCUGAAGAGGCUUAUAGUUUUGUUGCCACUUCCAUGUCACGUGAUCCAGAUGAAAGGUGGUCUGCAGAUCAACUUAUUAGCCAUCCCUUCAUCCUGCAGUGUGAUGGAAAUCGUUAAUGUGGUAGAGACAAGGAAAUCUUGUCGUGUCUUAUCAAGCUAGUCUUUCGUUUCAUGCAAAACAAGUAUAUGCAAACAGACACUGUCCUUGGCCUAAACAAAUCUUUCAAAGGUGGUUUGAAAUACUGGUAUAUCUCUGGUAUACUGGUAUGGUAAAAAAUGUAGUUAUUGGGUUUUCCGAGAAUGAAUGGGACAUAGACCUUUUCUUGUAUGUGUAGUUUAGAAUGUAUAAUUUACAGCCACGUUUUUAGAAUUUUGGCUAAAAUCCGCGAUGCGACCGUAGGAAAAUUACUUGGAUGUAAACCACAAGCAUACAAGUUACAUUGUAAUAUAUUUUCAUACAUGA